UAGUUUUGUGUAGUUAGUUAAAUCACUAGCUACCAGGACUAUCAACAUUCACCCUUUUUGCACUAAUUAUUUUGACUCAUCACAUCCGUUGCUCUUACUGUCUAUCUAUCCUGUUGCCUAGUAACUUUACCCGUACAUAUAUGUACAAGUCUACCAAAAUGACCUUAUUCCCCUGCACAUUGACUCAGUACUGGUACCAGUGUAUAUAGCCAAGUUAUCAUUACUCAUUAUGUAUUUAUUCCUUGUUAUUGUUUUCUAUAUAUUUCUCUGCAUUGUUGGGAAGGUCUCAUAAGUAAGCAUUUCACUGUUCAUCUACAACUGUUUACAAAGCAUGUGACAAAUAUAACAUUUGAUUUGUGGGCUGUGUUGCUAGGGGUUUGGCGUUUUGGUUAGCGUUUAGCAUCAGGGUUUCCUGGUAGAGCGAUACAGGCCGAGACUGACACAGACGCACAGAUGGCAAUGAACCGUAUACUCAUUCAGACACACACAUAAAAGAAGACACUGACAGACUGAGGAACACACAGCUCUUGGAUGUAUUGGGUCAUGUGAUGUGAGAGCUUUGAUAAGCCCAGAUCCCUAUGAAUCCAUCCAGUCAGUUAAACAUUGACUCUCCAGACUACAAGAUCGUAUCAGUACUGCUACAGCCACACAGUUCCUGGAAUGAGCGUGAGUCUGCCGCUUGUAGGUUUUUUUUUGCGGUGUGUGUGUGUGUCUGCUUGUUUGUUUGACAUGUUUAGCUGUCCAUUUCCAAACCCUAUUCUGGAGAAACUCAGAAUGGACUGUGUGUGUGUGUGACUGCGUGCAGUAUAUUUGAUUACGACCAUUUCAUCGCUCUCUUUCUGUGAAUUUAUCCAGUCCCUUAAAGGUGGUUGACGUGUUCCAUCCUGAGUGUCACUGUGUAGUGAACAGACAGACAAAAAAACACACAACUAAACUCUGGCAUGUUUUCCUGGGCUGCCCAGGGUCACGCCCUCCUUAACAAGAUUGGCCAUCUUUGCCAUUGGGAAAACACAGGAAGUCUGCAGCCUUCCUCCUCGUGUGUGUGCCUGCAAUAUGUUUAUCUACCAUACCACGGAGUUUACAUUUCCUCUGCCCAUAGUGAGGGGAUAUAGCCCUUUAAAUGACGGAGGUGGUGUAAUACAUGUGCUUUAUGUAAACAGCAGGGUAAUGUUGUGGUAUGUGCGUACUGAGUAUAUUAUGUACAAUUUAGAAUUAAUAUACUUAGUUUAACUAAUUGAACACCUUUUUCCUUUUUUUUGGAGGAGGAAGGGUGAGCUGCAGGAUUAUCUGAGAUGAAGUACUUGCAAUACCUGUUGUCUACUCUUGGCUGGAGAGGAAAGAGGGGCAGUGAAAUGCCACUUUGGUUAAAGUGCCUAUAGAUAUAUACAUAUAGUCUCACACUCAGAGAACCACAUCUCUCGCUCCUCUAGUUCCUUCUCAAACACUCACUGACCAUGUGGUCUCGCUCUCUGUAGCCGAUGUAAGUCCUUUUCAAACGGGUCAACGUUCGCAAGGCCGCGGGGCCAGAUGGAAAGUGUCUUCACUGACAUUUUCAACCUAAUCCCUAAUCCAGUCUGUAAUACCAACUUGUUUCUAGCAUACCACCAUAGUCCCUGUGCCCAAGAAUGUCAAGGUCCACAAAUUUCACGAUCUCUAUUGCACCCCACACUGCAUGCACCCACCUGGACAAAAUGAAUGCCAAUGUAAGAAUAUGGAUCAUUGACGACAGCUCAGCCUUCAACGUCAUAAUCCCCUCCGAGCUCUGGGACUGAACAACUCCCUCUGCGACUGGAUCCUGGCCUUCCUGAUGGCUGCCCCCAGGCGUUGAGGGUAGGCAACAACCCAUCCACCAUGCCUACCAUCAACACGGGGGCGACUCCAACACCAUCGUCAAGUUUGCUGACAACACGACUGUGGUCGUGAUCACCGACGACGAUGAGGCAGCCUAUAGGGAGGAGGUCAGAGAUCUGGCAGUGCCAGGACUACAACUUCUCCCGCAAUCUGAGCAAGACAAAGGAGCUGAUCGAUGGGGCUGUAGUGGAAUGCAGUGUCCCUCCCCUGACACACCCAACAUGGAGGAGAGCCACAGGGAAUAAAAGCCUCCAGGAGACUAUAGGUCCUUAUGGUUGAGCUGGGUGUUGGUCCCUACGAUGCCUCCUGCCAUGACAAACCUCAUGGACAUGUGGGCAGCCCACUCCCAGCUGUCUGGAGAGGACCUGGUCACUGUGGACUUCCUGUUACCCACCGGCAUCUACAUUCAGAUGGACGUCCCCAGAGAGGCCACCAUACAACACAUCAAACUGCUCCUAUGGAAGCAGGCCCAGUCAUACCCCCUGUUCCCUUCUCUGGGGGAGAUGGAGGGCCACAUGUUUGAGUGUGUGAACCAGGCAGCGGUGCACGAGGAGCUGGAGGAUGAGACCAGGCGCCUCUGUGAUGUCAGGCCCUUCUGGCCCAUGCUCAAACUGGUCACACGUAACUGUGGCCGCGCCGAACGCCUACUCGACUCCAAGAUCGGCGUGCUCAUUGGAAAAGGUCUCCACGAGCUGGACGCUCUGCAGGACCAGGAGGUGAAGGACUUCCGCAGUAAGAUGUUCCGUAUCAGCGAGGAGAAGAUGCAGCGGGUACAGCUGAUGACAUGGAGCGAGUGGCUGCAGGCCUGUUUCUCUCCGCAGCUGGAGCCAGGGGGAGGAGCCACACCCGUCACAGACGGUGUCAACGACAAACAGGCCGAAGCCAGCCUCAAAGUCACCAUGCACUUCGACCAGUCCCAGGACACAGCCAGUCUGAAGGUGUGGCCCAGCACCAGUCCCAGUGAGCUGAUGGAACAGGCGUUGAGGAAAUGGCUGACGACCCACGGCCCCGAGGAGGAGGGACGCCAGGCCGAGCAGUACGUUCUGAGGGUCAGCGAUAAGCUGGAGUUCCUCUGUGGAGACCACCCCCUGAUACAGUACAAGUACAUCAAAGCCUGUCUCCAGGCUAAGGAGUGUCCCCACCUGACCCUGGUCCAGGUCAGCACAGUCCAGGCCAUGUUCGAGAAGGAGAUCUCGGCCAUCGGAGCUGUGGUCAACCGCAAGAGCUCCAACCCCCCCUUACCCCUUCCCCCCAAGAGGAGGGGGCCCUCGCAAGUGAAUACGUGUGUAUGGGAGGUGUCCACCCCGUUUAAGAUCGUCCUAAUCAAAGGCAGCAAGGUGAACGCUGAGGAGACAGCCAAGGUCCAGGUACGUGCAGGCUUGUUCCAUGGCACAGAGCUGCUGUGUAAGCCAGCGGUGAGCAGCGAGAGCAGUGGCCGCUCUGAACACGUGUGGAAUCGCACGCUGGAGUUCGACAUUACCGUGAGCGACCUGCCGCGCAUGGCCCGCCUCUGCUUCGCCGUCUACGCCGUCAUGGACAAGGUCAAGAAGCAGAAGUCCACCAAGAACGCCCACAUCAACAAGUACCAGACCAUCCGCAAGUCUGGCAAAGUGCACUACCCUGUAGCCUGGGUGAACACCAUGGUGUUUGACUAUAAAGGACAGCUGAAGACUGGAGAUAUCAUCCUUCACAGCUGGUCUUCCUUUCCUGAUGAACUUGAAGAGAUGCUGAAUCCCAUAGGAACCAUCCAGACCAACCCUUACACUGAGAACACUACAGCACUCCACAUCCACCUCCCUGACUACAACCCUCACCCCAUCCUAUUCCCCCCCUUCGACAAGAUUCUGGAGAAAGCUGCAGAGAUCGCCGGGUCAAGCGACUGCUUGCCCAUGGGCCGAGGCGGUAAGAAGUUCCACAUCGAGCUGAAGGAGAUCAUGGAGAGGGACCCUCUGUCCCAGCUGUGUGAGAAUGAGAAGGACCUCAUCUGGACACUACGCUACGACUGCAUGGAGAACUUCCCCCAGUCACUGCCCAAACUGCUGCUCUCCGUCAAGUGGGGCAAACAUGAGGACAUGGCCCAGCUCCAGGCCUUGCUGCAGAUCUGGCCCAAGCUGAGUCCCAGGGACGCUCUGGAGCUGCUUGACUUUAACUAUCCAGACCAGUACGUCAGAGAGUACGCUGUGGGCUGCCUGAGGGAUAUGAGUGAUGAGGAGUUGUCUCAGUACCUGCUCCAGCUGGUCCAGGUGUUACGUUAUGAACCCUACUAUGACUGUGCCCUCACCCGCUUCCUACUGAACAGAGCCCAGUGCAACCGCAACAUAGGACACUUCCUCUUCUGGCAUCUCAGGUCAGAGAUGCACAUGCCAGCCGUCGCUGUCCAGUUCUCUCUCAUUCUGGAGGCUUACUGUCGCGGCAGCAUCCCUCACAUUGAGGUCCUGAAGAAACAGGUGGAGGCUCUGAGCAAGCUGAAGUCUGUAAAUGAGCUGAUCAAGCUGGGCACCAUCAAGAACGCCCGCAGUAAGACCAAGGAGGCCAUGCUCACCAAAGAGGCCAUGAUGACUUGUCUGAGACAGAGUGGCUACACAGAGACCCUCUCUGACCUGCACUCCCCUCUCAACCCCAGUGUCCUGCUCUCUGGAAUCAAUGUGGAGAAGUGUCGGUACAUGGACUCUAAGAUGAAGCCUCUGUGGAUCGUCUACAACAACAAGCUGCUGGGGGGAGACACCCUGGGAAUCAUCUUCAAGAAUGGAGACGACCUGAGACAAGACAUGUUGACACUGCAGAUCUUGAGGUUGAUGGACCUGCUAUGGAAGGAGGCCAAUCUGGACCUGAGAAUUGUGCCUUACGGUUGCCUAGCGACUGGUGACCGGUCCGGGCUGAUCGAGGUGGUGUCGUCGGCGGAUACCAUCGCCAACAUCCAGCUGACCAGCAGCAACGUGGCGGCCGCCGCAGCCUUCAACAAGGACGCUCUGCUCAACUGGCUCAAAGAGAAGAACACUGGAGAUGCUCUGGAGAAGGCGAUCGAGGAGUUCACCCUGUCAUGUGCAGGCUACUGUGUGGCCACCUACGUCCUGGGGAUAGGUGACCGCCACAGUGACAAUAUCAUGGUCCGCAGCACUGGACAGCUCUUCCACAUAGACUUUGGGCAUAUCCUGGGGAACUUCAAGUCCAAGUUUGGCAUCAAGAGGGAACGCGUCCCCUUCAUCCUGACCCAUGACUUCAUCCACGUCAUCCAACAGGGAAAGACGGGCAACACUGAGAAGUUUGGCAGUUUCCGUAAUUACUGUGAACAAGCCUACCUGAUUCUGAGGCGAAAUGGGAACCUCUUCAUCACCCUGUUUGCCCUCAUGCUGACUGCUGGACUGCCAGAGCUCACCUCGGUCAAGGAUAUACAGUACCUAAAAGACUCUCUGGCCCUGGGGAAGACCGACGACGAGGCACUGAAACAGUUCCGCCAGAAGUUUGACGAGGCGCUGAGAGAGAGCUGGACCACCAAAGUCAACUGGAUGGCCCACAACGUGGUCAAGGACAACCGCUCCUAGAACAGACAGACAUCCUGAAGCUGGAGGGUUAAAGGUCAGGGGUUAGGAGGGUCUGAGGUCUAUCCAGGGCUGGGACAACCGUGAUUGAGCGGGCUACGGUGUUGCUAAGGGGUGAAGACCAGACAGGACUGGGCUUGGGGCCUUAAAGAAGGGGACCUAGAAGACCAUCUUAAACACACAUGCUCUUACAGGCUUAAAAUCCCCCUCCCUUUGCCUUUCCUCUGGCUUUUGAAGCUGCUGUGUGCCUCCAGCCAGUCCAGCAGUCCCAUUGUCUCUCCCUGAUCUUGUGACAUAUUUGUGGGUAAUGUGGUUGCGUGUUGCACUCGCUCAGUGAGAGUCAGAGCCCAACACCUGAGGAAUAGAGCCUGGACUAAACUAAUGAGGAAGGGGACAGGGGUGGUUAUCAGCAGGACUUCUGAUCUGCCUCGUGUUGGACUUAAAGGGAGAGGUUGGGGUUGAUCACACCCACUCCAGGCCUUGCACCAGACAGUUUGAUUGACAGCACACGUAAAGACUGGGGACCAAAGCGGCUCACCCGCGUGUCUUUAAAUGACACCAAAACGUGCGCAUGGCCAGAGGAAGUGGGUCUUAUUGGACCUUUCCUCACGAGGCUCCAGUCCAUCUUGAAAGUGUGCCUAAAAACUGGAACAGAUUGUAUCUUUUUAGUUUUUUUUUUUUUUGUUUUUAUUUUAUUGCCAUUUAAGAUUUAAUUCUAUCUAAGAUGUUUAAGAUGUAUAUGUGCCAGACUACUAGAGACAGACUUAGAGAGAGAGAGAGACCCUCUGAUCCUAUGGUCUUGAGAAAGAGUCACUCAUGACCAAAUUCUCUGGACGCCUCCUCCCGACAGCUACAGAAGCGUUUAUGUGCAGGUUUUUCAACUUUACGCACUCCGCUGUCCCCUUCUAGUAGCUAGCUAGUUAUUUCCCUCACUGUAACCUUAACAGAACUGCGGGAAAGCAGUGCUCAGCAAGCUGGGGCAAAGAACACUGAUUUGGCGUGCAUGCUGUGCGCUCCACACUGAAUACACCAUCCCGGUGACAACCAGAUAGUUACCAAUAUUAUCAUAUUUCUCAUGAAGGCUGCUAUCCUACUUGGAAUAAAACAAACUCUCGGGAAAGAUUUGGUGGAGUUAACAUUCACCGAUUUGAUUUGGUGGUUUAGCUCCAGGGAAGAGGCAUCCAUGUGGGUGGGGCGGUUCAAUUUGGUCACGCAGCUUCUGCUUUGAGAAAAGGGAUGAAUUGGACCAUCAAACACUGGCACCAUUUUGAAGAAAGGACGGAGGGAGAGAGAGAGCUUAAAAUGUUUCUAAAACUUUAUUUUGUGUUCCUGCUUUGGAAUGUGGAUGUAACAUUCCUGUGUUCCAUUUUAUCAAACCAUGGUGGUUGUUGGGCAAACAGAACAGGCACAAAGGGUGAGUCCUCACCACACUACCCCAUAGAGGUAUUAUCACUACCCCAUAGAGAUUCUGUCUUAGACAGACUUGCCUAAGGAUGCCAGAACUAGUCUUUCAAAGCACAAAACUGCUCACAUGACAACCACAAUGAAAGAACUCACUAAGAAAUAACCGAAGCAUGUAACUAAAAUGCCUUUUAGGACCAAAACAAAAGAGAACUUUGUCGUUUUAGGUUUGUUUUUACUGUGUUUUUAAUAAUCUGUUCAAAAAUCGAAUGUUUGUGAAAAAUGUUUUUUUUUUUUUACAUCAACUGAAAUGGGCGGAGUUUUGGACCUGUGGGAGGGGUUUGCCAGCAGAAGGCGUAACACUGCGAUUCAAAGCUACUUCCUGGGUUUGUCAUGAGGGGCUCUUCCAGUAUCUGUGUUUUGAUUUUGUGCAAUAUCCGUAUAGGAGUCUACAUGUAUAUUAUGUAAAUGAACCCUUGGGCCCUAAUGCCUGAGGCUAUAAUGGUUGUCACUGUGGGUUCAUGUAUAUUAUGUAAAUGAACCCUUGGGCCCUAAUGCCUGAGGCUAUAAUGGUUGUCACUGGGUUCAUGUGUAUUGCUGCUGUAUUUCUCACCGCUAGCCUUCUUAAGUCUCUCAGACACUGAAUAUUGUCAAAUGUACAGGCUUUUAUGGUUUUGCAGUUUUUUGUUUUCAUGUGAGUUUUAUUAAAGUUAUUUUCCAUCUAACUGCA